AUUCUCAUCCCCUCGUUGCUUAGAACCAGCUCCCAGUCUGCUCUCCCACUCAUCCACCACAAUGGCCGCCAUCACCGACCCAGCCUCCAUGCUCGUCUCCGCAGGUAUCCCAGCCUUCAAAUGUCCCCCAGGAACAAAGAUGUACAUUCUGGAUCUGGGAACUCUCCAAGUCGACGAAUCCUGGCUCCUCCGCGGUGCCAACGUCAGCACCCUCAGCAACCCCAACCCCGUCAACCGUCGUCGAGACUUGAUCCUCUUAUCCGCGCUAAUCGAUUACCCCGGUGUCGGUCUCAUCCUAUUCGAAACCGGCUGUGCAGAGGAUCUUGACGUGAAAUGGGGCGCCCCCAUAACCGACAUCUUCCCCCGGACCGUCUACACGGAAAAACACAAACUCCCCGCGGCCAUCCAAGCCACAGGCCACUCCAUCAAAGACAUCAAAGCCGUCAUCCUGGGCCACUUACAUCUCGACCACGCCGGGGGCCUCGAACACUUCCUCGACACGGACGUACCGAUCUACGUACACGAAGAAGAAUUCAAACACGCCUGCUGGGCCGUCGCAACGGGCGCCGAUCUCGGCGUCUACCUAGGCCAUUACAUGUUACUGGAACGGUUAAAGUGGGUGACGUUUUCCGAGGACUCGUUGGAUUUGUAUCAGGGGAUUACGUUACAUCAUUGUCCGGGACAUACGCCGGGAUUGUGUGUGAUGCAGGUGAAUUUGGAACGGGAUGGGACGUUUAUUUGGACGACAGAUCAGUUUCAUGUUAGGGAGAAUUAUGAGUUGGGACAUCCGCAUGGCGGGUUGGCGAGGGACCACAAUGCGUGGUAUAGGAGCUUGGGGCGCGUGAGGAGGUUGCAGAGGUUGUUUGGGGCCAGGUUGGUGUUUGGGCAUGAUAUGGAGGUGGCGAGGGGGUUGAUGGCGGAGAGGGAGGUUUUUGAGUAGGUAGUUGGUUGUUUUUUUGGUGGGGGGUGGUGGUUGGUAGUGGUAUGGGGCAUGUUUGUAAUUGGUCAUUGCUUCUAUGUACACUAUGCUAGUGAUGGCUGAUGAUGGGGGUUAGGUGUAGUGGAAGAGACUGCUUCCGGACUCAAUGCCCAGCGGCGAUGUCCAUUUCCAAGACAUAAAGGGCCUCCCGUUGAUGACUGCCCAGAUAUUAUACAUGAUUAGAGUGAACGGCACUGUCCCAUACGACAUGGUUUGCGAGGUACUGAUUGAAGGUGUACCCGUUAGAGGAUUUGCGGACAUGAAAGGGGUGGAACCCAUGAUCUUGGGUUUCUCUCAUGAGAAGAGGGAUAAUAUCAGCUCUGGUUUGGCUAGAACCCAUGAUUUCGACCGC